CCAGAAUGCUAUACUAUGUCGAUGGUUUCCAUGUCUGGAGGUUGGAACAUGUUCGGAUCUCCAGUGGACUUUUCAUUUCGGGAGCUAAAUACAGUUUCAGAUAUGCUCUCUGAUGAACCUAAUCCAGGCGCUCGUCCGCUAAAGCGUGACUCAGAGCAGAAGAUCCUCAGCUCAACGCUCAGACUCAACAACAACUUCCUCUCAGACCUGACGGGACUGAUGGACACGCUCUCCGCUCUUUACGCUGAGCCCACACGUCUGGCCUGGCUCGACCUCUCCUUCAACGAGUUUCAACACAUCCACCCAGUUCUCACUCAACUUAAAGAGCUACGCUUGUUGUAUCUGCAUGGAAACCGUGUUUGUAAGUUGUCAGAAGUGGAUAAACUUGCUGCGUUGCCAUUUCUCCACACCAUCACUCUGCACGGCAAUCCCAUAGUGACCGAGCGUGACUACAGGGCACAUUUGAUCAGCACGCUUCCUCAUGUGAAGAUGAUUGAUUUCAGCGCCGUGACCAAACAGGAACGGGAGCUGACUUCAGUUUGGCAGAGGAGAAGAAACCCACUCAAAACCAUGAGUCACAGCAAAGUGGACUGAACCUUCUCCACCCGACAUCCUGAUGUGGAGAUAUAGCUAUGGUUUGAUCUACUACAGAGAGGCUAACUCUAAAUCUAGUAGUAAAAUAGUAGUAGAGGAUGAGUUGCUUUGGUCAGUGUUUCUUCAUUAUUGUUGAUA